AUGCCAGACGACAAACAAAUCCCUGGUAUAAGAACAGAAUUCAAGGGCCAUUACCGCCAUACAGCAGAUUGGGAUACGAACUAUGACUGGAAAGGUAAACGAAUCGCCAUUAUUGGCAAUGGCGCUAGUGGGCAACAAUUGUUAUCGAAUAUGGUCAAAGAUGCGGGACAUGUUGAUCACUACGUCCGUUCCAAACAGUGGAUUCUACCGGCAUUCUCAACAAAUCUGCCCACUGCAACGGCAGAUGCGCCUGGUGGAUACCUAUUUUCGGAAGACGAGAAGACGAAAUUUGAGCUGGAUGACGAGGCAUAUUUGGCUUUUAGGCAAGAGCUUGAGAGUAACCUCCAUGGAGGACUGACACAUUUCCUCAAGGGGAGCCCUGAAAAUGAGAGUCUACGAGAGCAGUGUACAGAAACAAUGCUUAGAAGGCUAAAUGGCGAUAAGGAAUGGUUUGAGAGACUUAAACCGGAUUAUGCACCAGGCUGUAAGAGGUUGACGCCCUCGCCUGGAUAUUUAGAGGCAGUCAUCAGUCCUAAAGUGGAAUACAUUGAUCAGCCCAUUGUGGGUGCCACCGGCAACGGAUUGGUUACGGCGGAUGGUACAGUACGAGAAGUGGAUGCAAUUAUCGCCGCGACGGGAUUUCAAAAUGGCUUCUUGCCUUGGUUUCCAACCAUUGGCAAAAAUGGAGUUGAUCUAAGAGAACGGUGGGCGUCUGAUGGGCAUAUUGGGUACCCAGAGACAUAUUUUGGGGUUAUGGCUCCAGAUAUGCCGAAUUAUUUCGCCGUGAUGCAGGCACAAACAUACGCAGUAGGCGGCACCGUCCCCCUCCAAUGUGAAACGUCCGCAACCUAUAUCGCCAAAGUAAUACGCAAAGUGCAAAGCCAGGGAUACCGUGCCAUAUACCCAUCGCACGAAGCCACAGCCGACUUCAACGAAAUAGUUGGCAACUUCUUCGACCACAAAGUUUUGAGUGAUACCUGCACCAGUUGGCUCAAAGCAGAGAAAGGCAAAUCACAUAUACUGGUCUGGUGGCCUGGAACAGGCCAUCACCGGUUCGCUAUUAGUAGAGAUCUGAGAUGGGAAGAUUUUGUGUUUGAGCGGUCGCGAGAGGCGCGGAGGAACCGGUUUGAGUAUUUUGGGGAUGGGUAUACGGUGAAAGAGAAGAAGGGUGGUGUGGAGAAUAUUACGAGUUAUUUGAAGGCGGUUGGGAAGGUGGAUUUGGCGACACUACAUGAGGCUUGGAAUGAGUGA